CUACUGAAUAGAGCUGGACGAAUGGUGUGUAACACUUCUAGAUGCUGAGCCAUUGUAGGGGGAUCUCUUAUAAUGAUUCAUGCUGGAUCCAACACAUAAAAUGAUACUGAAUACGACAGCUUGCCGAGACUCAACCUCUCUGUGAAGAUGAGACCAUGGUUCCGGUUCUGACUUCAAAGAAAGUCAGUGAACUACCCGUGAACGAGGUUGCCUGUACACUGCAGGCUGACCUGCAGUUUGGUCUCACCCAGGAGGAGGUUGCACGAAGGCGCACUUACCAUGGCUGGAAUGAGUUUGACAUCAGUGAAGAUGAACCACUCUGGAAAAAAUACAUCUCUCAGUUUAAAGAUCCUCUCAUCUUGUUGCUGCUGGCUUCCGCUGUCAUCAGUGUGUUGAUGCGACAGUAUGAUGAUGCCAUCAGUAUCACUGUGGCCAUUAUCAUUGUUGUUACAGUUGCCUUUGUACAGGAAUACCGCUCAGAAAAAUCUCUGGAGGAGCUGGGGAAACUUGUGCCUCCAGAAUGCCACUGUGUUCGAGAAGGACGUCUGGAACACCUACUGGCAAGAGAGCUUGUUCCUGGAGACACAGUCUGUCUGUCAGUUGGAGAGAGAGUCCCGGCUGACCUGCGCUUGUUUGAGGCACUGGAUCUGACAGUUGACGAGUCCAGUUUGACAGGAGAGACCACCCCCUGCACCAAGACUUCUGCCCCACAGCCGGCUGCCACCAAUGGCGACAUCACAUCCCGAAGUAAUGUUGCCUUCAUGGGUACUCUUGUGCGCUGUGGAAAAGCCAAGGGCAUUGUCAUAGGUACUGGAGAAAACUCUGAAUUUGGUGAGGUUUUUAAGAUGAUGCAAGCAGAGGAGGCUCCCAAAACCCCCUUACAGAAAAGCAUGGAUUUGCUGGGAAAACAAAUCUCCCUCUAUUCAUUUGGGAUUAUCGGGGUGAUCAUGAUAGUCGGAUGGCUUCAGGGAAAGAACAUACUAGACAUGUUCACUAUAGGUGUCAGCUUGGCCGUGGCAGCUAUCCCAGAGGGCCUCCCCAUCGUGGUGACAGUCACUCUGGCCCUGGGAGUGAUGAGGAUGGUGAAGAAACGGGCGAUCGUCAAGAAGCUGCCCAUAGUGGAGACACUGGGCUGCUGUAAUGUCAUCUGCUCGGAUAAGACAGGCACCCUCACUAAGAAUGAGAUGACAGUCACUCACCUGUUCACCUCUGAUGGACUGCAUGUUGAGGUCACUGGUGUUGGGUACAACAAUGCCGGUGAGGUUUUGCUGGAUGGUGAUGUGGUGCAUGGCUUCUCCAACUCUUCCAUCAGCAAGAUUGUGGAGGCUGGCUGUGUGUGCAAUGAUGCAGUUAUCAGGAACAACGCCCUGAUGGGACGGCCCACCGAGGGUGCCCUGAUUUCCCUGGCUAUGAAGAUGGGUUUGCAGGAUCUACAGCAGGAGUUUGUGCGACUAGAAGAGAUUCCUUUCUCCUCAGAGCAGAAAUGGAUGGCGGUACGCGUCGUCCAUCGCACUCAGCAGAACAAACCUGGUGUGUUCUAUGUGAAGGGCGCUUACGAGCAGAUAAUUCGCUUCUGUACUUCCUACAACAGUAAGGGAGUCAGUCUGCCUCUGACCAAUCAACAGAGAGAACUCUACCAUCAACAAAAGAGCUACAUGGGUACUGCGGGUCUCAGAGUGUUGGCGUUUGCCUCUGGAUCUGAGAUGGGGACUCUCACCUUCCUGGGGCUUGUAGGAAUCAUUGACCCUCCAAGAGCAGGAGUAAAAGAUGCCGUGGCGACUCUGAUCAGCUCUGGUGUGGCAGUGAAAAUGAUCACAGGCGAUUCUCAAGAGACUGCAGUAUCAAUUGCAAGUCGACUAGGCCUCUACACCAAAGGUUCCCAAUCUCUGUCUGGAGAUGAAGUCGACCAGAUGGACCUCCAGCAGCUCUCUCAGAUGGUGUCCAGGAUAGUGGUAUUCUACAGAGCCAGCCCAAGACACAAGUUAAAGAUAGUUAAGUCUUUACAGAAUAUUGGUGCAGUUGUUGCCAUGACAGGAGACGGUGUUAACGAUGCAGUGGCACUGAAGGCAGCGGACAUCGGUGUGGCUAUGGGUCAGACCGGCACUGAUGUCUGCAAGGAGGCAGCGGACAUGAUCUUGGUGGAUGAUGAUUUUCAAACCAUCUUGUCUGCCAUUGAAGAGGGGAAAGGGAUUUACAACAACAUUAAGAACUUUGUGCGUUUUCAGCUGAGCACGAGCAUUGCUGCUCUCACCCUCAUCUCCCUGGCAACACUUAUGAACUUCCCCAACCCUCUGAAUGCCAUGCAAAUCCUCUGGAUAAACAUCAUCAUGGAUGGGCCACCAGCUCAGAGUUUGGGUGUAGAGCCUGUCGAUCAGGAUGUUAUCAGGAAACCCCCGCGGAAUGUACGAGACAGCAUCAUCACACGCAGUCUGAUAGUGAAAGUCCUUGUGUCGUCCUUCAUUAUCGUGUGCGGAACUUUGUUUGUGUUCUGGAGAGAGCUGCAGGACAAUGAGAUCACACCACGGGACACCACCAUGACAUUUACCUGUUUUGUGUUCUUCGAUAUGUUCAACGCUCUCAGCUCCAGAUCACAGACGCGGAUGGUGUAUGAAAUGGGCUUAUUCAGCAACAGGAUGUUCUGCUACGCUGUGCUGGGCUCCAUCAUGGGCCAACUCCUGGUCAUCUACUUCCCUCCUCUACAGAAGGUGUUUCAAACAGAGAACCUCAGCAUUUUAGAUCUGCUGUUCUUGGUGGGCCUCACGUCCUCUGUGUGCGUGGUGUCUGAGGUUAUAAAGAAAUUGGAGAGACUCAAAUGUGGAAGGAAAACUACGGACAAUGAUGAUUUCCAUGACGUAUGACGCAUUGUGUCACAUGCAGUAGGUGUUGGGUGGGGCUUGGAGGGGGGUGUGUGAUUUUGGAAUGUCGUCCGGGCUGGUCACAUACCAUAUGUUAGGAGUGAACCAAGUCUGACCAGUAAGUAAAGUUCCUUUUUAACGGUUUUGACCCGCAAAAAUGGAGCUGAUUAAGAAUGCUCUGGCCCGUACCCAUGGAGAUGCUUUUGUGUGCUGCUCUAUGACUGUACUACUACACAUGGCAUCUGGACAAACUUUAUUUAUAUGAUACUGUAUCUGUCCAUACAGUGGCUGUCUUGGUUUCAUAAUUUAAGGGGUGUAUAAUGUAUUUUUUUAUAUUAUAAUUAUUAUUAUAAAAAUGAUUUGUUCUCUUUUAAAUCUCUUUUUGAGCAUCUCUGGUUAGAGGUUUGUGGAACAAUAGGGAUAAUGCCUUUUUGCAUUCCAGAUUACAAAUUACACUUGAAGAAUAAAUUAUUUUCUUUGCUUUUAGAGAAUGCUGUACGUCUGCGUGUUUGUGAUGGUUAUUCCAGUUUACGAUUUAACGGGCCACUUAAAAUCAUGUUUUAGGUCACCCUAAGACUUUUGUGGUGAUAUCAGGUUAUGUACACUGACAUUAACAACUGAAUAAGCAUAAUUUUACCAUCAUGGUAUACUCAUUUUAUAGCACCAUGAAACAGCCAGUCUGUAGAGACUGCAAUAUAGAAAUACACUGCAAAGUUCUGAUGAGAUUACAGGGUGUCACUUUAUAAUAGCCUCCAAGGUACAUGCACUAUAAAUUUGAAACCCUUAUAUUAGAGUAAAUUGAUUGAUACAACCAGCUUGUACAAAUACUCAAUUAUCAGAUCCACUGUACUUACAUAGAAUCAACACUAUAUUUCCAUUCUUAUUAUGUUAAUACACUGGUAUCAGGGACAUCUAAAAUGCCCAAUAGCCUUUGCAUUGGCAUUUCCUAUCCUGUUAUUUAAAUUCUUGCCAUCUUAGGUGAACAUGUUGUACUAUAAAAUUUUAAUGACAACUGUCUGUUAAAUGGUUGCUAAUUUAAUGAAAUAUUGGAGAACAAAAUUGGAUUUAACCUCUCCUUACACCCCAAAGCCAAAUAACCUCAGUGCAGCCCACCAAACGUUACUUAAUGUCCCUUUGCCAACAGCGUAUCUUUGAGGUACCACUAAAUCUGAUACACUGAGCAGUAUGUAAUAUUUGUCCUCUGGUAUUAAUAGCCACAUUAAUAAGUGGAAUUGGUUUUCUGCCCAGUCUGUUUUCUAGCACUGCUCCUGCACUAGCACUGUGAGCAAACACAGCAGCACACUUAAAUAUUAAUGUAUUAAUACAUGACAUGAAGGGUAACAGGUUAAAGCAGUUUUCUUUUUUUCUAUUUUUGAGAUUGUAUUUAUAUCGUGGUUUGCACAGCUGAAACCAUUAAUCUGUUGUGAUUAUUUCAAAACACAAUUGUACAAUAAAAUGUUUACGAAUACAAAAAAAUA